CCCCCCGAGGUCAAAGCCAGAAAUGUUGUUAGAGUGAGUUACCCGGCGUUCAUUUGGACAGUGUCUUCAUGUUUUCAAAGGUCGAGUGUUUUUCUACGAUUUUGUGGAACAAACUAACGCAGUCAUCUGGUUUGGACUUGUUAAAAUCCUUCUUGGACUCUUACAGAGACUUCACUGGAUACUGCAGAUAAUCAGAAGCACGCUAGGAUGACCAGUGUGCUUUGCAGCAGAAGCAGGUUGGUAAGUUACCUUCCAGGGCUCCAUGUGUUGGUGUAUCGUGUGGCUGGAGGCAGAGCCUUCUCUGCUGCUGAUUCUUCAGGCUUAAAUGAGCCCGCUUUGGCCAGUUCUCCCUCUGCUAAAGGACUGCAGACACUACGGCCUGAUGAGACAAUGGGGCCGUUCGGGCCCCAGGACCAGCGCUUCCCGCUGCCCAGUAAUGUGGGCUUUGACUGCCAGCUGGAAGGAUUGACAGAGCAACAGAAGAGCCUGACAGACAAAAUGCUACCAGAUGUGUUGUCUGCUCCAUCCUGCUAUCAGAAGCAUGAGUGGCUUCUAGCCCAGUCUGUUGGAGAGCUCUCUAACAAGGGCGAUCCUGCGUCCUCUGGCAAAGUCAGCACAGCUGAACAGUACUUUGACAACUCGAGAGUAGAGUGUGCCACACAGGCUUAUCCUGAACUCUUAAAGAAAGAUUUCCAGUCAAUGUUUCCUGAAGCUCCAUCCUGUGGUAUGAUGGUUGUCACGGUUACCCAGAAGACGCAGAACGAUAUGGCAUCAUGGUCUGCUGAGGUGGAAGAUGAGAGAGAGCAGAUGCUUGACAAGUUUGUUGCAGGUGCACGGGACAUCUGCUGUGUGCUGCAGCGAGAAGGAUUCUGGGCAGACUUCAUCGACCCAUCGUCAGGCCUCGCUUACUUUGGCCCGUACACCAACAACACACUGUAUGAGACAGAUGACAGAUACCGUCACCUGGGCUUUCAGAUUGAGGACCUGGGCUGCUGCAAAGUGAUCCGACACUCGUUGUGGGGGACACAUGCUUUUGUAGGGACAAUAUUCACCAGCGCACCACCUGAUAGUCCUACUAUGAAGACGUUGCAGGGUAGAUGAACACAGGCUCUGGGAUACCAAGUGUAAUAUGUCUCACCACUAACGGAGUGGUUAGUGGUUUUGACCAUAUCUGUAAUCAUAUUAAAGCUUAAAUAAUGCUGACACCACAAUAAAGCUUGUGAAUGUUUUGUCUUUG